CAUCUGCUCCUUUUAAGCCGGCAUUUUUGAGAGGGAGGUCCCUGGGAAGCAUAUACAAACACUCAGUCAAGCAUCCACGCUCACCCCACAAACUGCUCUAGUGGCCAGCAGAGAACUGACUGAUUCCUUCAUACAGAACAGGAAGUUGAAGUGACCUGACAUCAAGAUGGCAGCAAAGGGCGGCAUGGCUAACAAAGGUCCAUCCUACGGCAUGAGCCGGCAGGUUCAGGAUAAAAUUGACAGCAAGUAUGACCCUGAACUGGAGCAGAUCCUGGUGGAGUGGAUUGGCCGUCAGUGUGGCUCCAGUGUGGGGAGUCCAGAACCCGGCAAAAUGGGCUUCCAGGCCUGGCUUAAAGACGGAUGUGUCCUUAUCAUGCUGAUUAACAGUCUGUCUACUGGAGACGGUCCCGUGAAGAAGGCCCACACCUCACCCAUGGCCUUCAAACAGAUGGAGCAGAUCUCCCAGUUCCUCAGUGCUGCUGAGAAGUAUGGCGUCAUCAAGACUGACAUGUUCCAGACCGUGGACCUCUGGGAAGGGAAGGACCUGGCGGCGGUGCAGAGGACCCUGUCGGCUCUGGGCAGCUUGGCUGUUACCAAGGAUGAAGGCACAUACAAAGGAGACCCUAGCUGGUUCUUCAAGAAAGCACAGGAGAACAAGCGAGAUUUCAGCGAUGAGCAGAUGAAGGCGGGCAAAAAUGUUAUUGGCCUACAGAUGGGCUCCAAUAAGGGAGCCAGUCAGGAGGGUAUGAGCUACGGAAGACCCCGGCAGAUCAUGUAAAACCACUGAGCCACAAGAUACCAAAACCUCUGCAGCCCCUGACACCCUCUAAGAGCCUGUAAGCGUCUAAUGCCUCCCCUUUCAUCGUAAAACCUUCUCUGCUUUAGAAAUGAUUUACUUUCUAAAAAGUUCCCUCUCCUCUCUAGUCUUGACACUUGCCCCGAGAACCCUUAUGUAGAUGCUUACACUGGUGACCGUUGCAGAGCUCACCAUGCUUUGUCCUUCCCACUGCAGUUAGGACCAGUAAAACUGAUCAAAAAAUAACCAUAAAAAUGACCAACUCAUUUCCUUGGAGGUAAAAACACGAAGACGACCAUGUUCCAAAAGUCAUGUUGUUCCUUCCUAAUAUGAAACAGCAUUGAUAUUACAGAUGACUGACCACUGUCUCAUCUCUGUGUACCAAACGUCUGAAUCAUGGCACCGGUUUUCUAAAUUUUACAAAUAGGCUAUUGCUUCUGGAUUCUGACUCAGAGAUCGAUUUUUGUAUGUAAUUUGCAGAAGGGACAUUCUUUUCAAUUAUAGUGGUGACACAACCUGUGGCAUACCAGUAACUACUCCUUAAUUUUACUGUUACAAUAUUGUUCCACCACUUCCCACAAUGCUCUGCCUGCCAUAUCAGCGCCCAUAUUUUUGUACAUUGUCUUAUUAAAUAAUGACUUUGAAAUACA